GACUUGGAAGGUUGGCUGCUAAAUUUGAGUACAGUCCUUGCGCCACUGGAUCAGCGUGUACGCGACUUUGAGCAACUGCCGAUCGCUUUGCAGAAACUCUCUGACUCCCUGACGCACGCGGACAAAAUGGUGGCCAUUAUGAAGGCCUUCCAGAUCCCACCACCGGAGGAGAAGCCCGCUAAUACCACCACCACCACCACCACUGAAAAUGCCACCGUCGGCGAGGUUGGUGAGGCCAAAGAGAACGCCUCGACAACUUCGUCGCCUCCCCCACCGCCACUCCUUCACGUCUUCUCAGAGGCUGAAGUCAAGGUCUUUGAGGGGUUGGUGAACACGACUAAGGUGCGCGCACUCCCCUGUCCCCUUGUAGUGCCUUCAGUCCCCUUGUUAGACAUUCCUGGCCACUCUCACCUUGCUAGGAUCCCUGUGGUUGAAUUUUAG